AUGAAGCUGAAGCGGAACGUCGUCGUGCCGAGCGCGUGGCACAGUACGCAGAGAAAAAGGCAGCAAAACCCGGUCCGGUCGCAAAAUCCAGCAUCAUUCUCGAUGUGAAACCCUGGUCUGAUGAAACAGACAUGAAAGAAAUGGAAUCCCUGGUUCGCAGUAUCAAAGCAGACGGUCUACUUUGGG